GUACUGAUGGUUGUGGCUGAACCGUUUCUUCGCUGUGCCGCUGCGGCUGGCGGCGUAGUCCCCCGAACGAGAAUGGCCACGCCUGCAGCCGACGACGAUCCCUUGGUGCCUCUCACGAACUGCUUUCCCGGCGUAAUACUCAGUCCUUCCAACAUCCCAUACACCUGCGAAGUUAAAAAUGACCAAACACUGAUUGGCUUGAACCUCUCCGCCUCGUACUACACCUCAGUUCUCACUCCUGGAUGGCCGGCGACUCUUGAUGCGGGAACCGAUACCAUUACAUUCAUGCCUGAUCGUGGGGCGCCUUCAGGACGUUGGGAAUUGGUCUUCACGGG